UUCAACCAAAAGCAUGAAUGUGGAUGUUCCACAAAGACUGAUGACACCAAAGAAAUGCAGAUUUGAACCCAAAAAAAUGUGUUUAUUUACACAGAAACUUCACUGAAAACACAGAAACCGUCUCCCCCAAAUGGGUCGUACCAACACGGGGUUGCGGGUGUGUCUGUCAGAACCUCCAUGCAGAAGACACAGAGACUGUUCUGACAAAAUGUGGCCAAUCAGACGUCAGGACUCUCCCCAUUGUGUUGGAGGGUGGGGGGUGAGCUGAGGUGACAUAUCUAAAGCUGAGUGUGUGUCAAUCAUCAUGUGGGGAAACCAAAAGACUGAUGAUGACGAGAACAAAGCUCACUACUGGAAUGAGGUUUGGGGGAGUAACUCCAGUCUUCAUCACAUCUACUUCUUCUUCUCUUAUUAUUUUUAUGACCAUCUGCUAUCAAUCCCAGCAUUCAGUUCUCAUCUGUUUGGAGCAGUGCCAUUGUUGGCAGGUCAGUAACUGCAUACGGUUCCGGUGGUACCUGGACCACGGUCUGGCGCCCCCCCCCAGCCGUCCCCCCAACUCCAUCUGGAUGAAGCUCGUCUGCUGGACUAUUCAAACGUGUAGUUGUAGAGUUAGAUCAGUUCAUUCUUCUCUCUGAGUUCUGGUCCAUCGCCCGUCUGUCCUGGGGGAGGAUCCCUCCUCCAUGUGGACCCCCCCCUGAGGUUUCUGCUGUUUUAAGUGUUUUUCCUCACAGAGAAGGGGGGUCUAAGCCUAAGGCCAGGGAUGUCCAGUUUAGUCUGGUUCGGUUCGGUUCACUUUAGCCAUUACCGGUUGAACUCUGUGCCCGUCUGUUCUAUGAUCCAUGUUCAUAGAUCCAGUCUGAAGCCCAUCAGACGACUGUUGAUGGAAACAUUGGGCUAAAAAAACUAAAUAACAAAAUCAGAACCACAAGAACCAGCUGGGUUCAGAGAACAGAACUGGACCUUCUCCGCAGCCCCCCCCUCCCCCCAUCACUUUUUAGUCACUUUUCUGUGAGUUUUACUGACCUAUGGCAGGACUGUACCAACCAAACGACUGCUGUGGUCAUUUGGACCGGAACCACCCACCAGAACAUCUGCUCAAAGGUUCUGUAGAACCUCUGCUGAGGUCCGGAACCUCCAGCAGUGAAGAUCUCUGACCGGAACGCUCCUCUGGGCGGCGCUAUUGAGCUACCGGGAAGCCGCGGAGCCAGAGGGGAGUCGGGGGGGGGGGGGGAAACCGGACACCCCGGGAGGAGCCGCUCCCGGCCGGGUUACCGGAGCAGAGCCCGGCGGACGCGGCAGCUGCAGGCAGGACACGCACGCGCCCAGAGAGACUCCAGCCGAGGAGCGGAGGAGGUUCCUGUGAUCCGCUCGACCGCCUCGCGCCGCGGCGGGAACCGAGUUACCGGGAAAGUGCGACAAGUCCCGUCUGAGGCCCCGGCGGCGCCAUGAAGAAGAACUCCACCGGGAGAAGGGCUCCACCGGACUCCAUUUCCCAGAGUUCCUCUCCGGAGAAAGUGGGCUGGAUCCGGAAGUUUUGCGGAAAGGGGUUCUUCAGAGAGAUCUGGAAAACCCGUUUCCUUAUUCUGCGAGGAGACCAACUGCUCAUCAGCCAGAAGGAGGUAAGGGACCCGUCCCGGGCUGAGGAGGUUCUGGAUCUGUCCGACUAUGACGGGUGUGAGGAGGUCAGGAAGAACAAGAGCCGCAGUAAGAAGAACCACAGCCGCUUCCGCCUGCAGCGCUGCUCCUCCCCAGGAAACACGGUUCCUAACCUGGUGUUCCUGGCCGUCAGUCCAGAGGAGAAGGAAUCGUGGAUCAACGUGCUGAACGCGGCCAUCAGCAGAGCCAAGAACCGGAUUCUGGAUGAGGUGACAGUGGAAGAGUCUCAGUUGUGUCACCUGACCCGAGAUCGAGUAAAGAUUCCUCACAACCGCCGACUGCCAACCAGAGGCCACCUGCUGGCCGUGGCCUCCACCUCCUCCUCAGAUGGGAUGCUGACUUUGGACCUGGUUCAGGAGAACCCCGCCCCGACUCAGGGUCUGGACCGGUGUGACGGCUUCCAGGAAGACCCGGACAAAUCCCUGCCCGGCUGUUCUCCCGUCUCCCCCAGCUCCAAAACUGACAGCCUGUUGUCUGCGCGGACCGCCGGGCCUUCUGGGAAGUCUCAGAGCCUUCCUCGUGAGAAGAUAGGCUCCACCCACAGCCCAGAUCCAGGAAGUCGUCUCUCGGAGGCAGAGAAGAACCGCUGCGCCUCCACCGAUGAGAUUCUGACUCAACCGGAGACCAGAACUGCCACGAAGAAGGGUGGGGCGGCCCCCCCACCAGGAGCCCCGGAGCCGGUCAGCCGCCUGCAGGAGCUCAUCGGCCAGAAGCUGGAAAGGACGGAGCGGCUGCUGAUGGAGGUGCGGCAGGACGGGGGCUGGGGGGGCAGAGGAGGGCAGGAGUCGGCCGAGGAACUGAGAGCUGAAGCCGAAGGGCUCCUGAAGGAGGCGGCGGCGGCGUGGAGCCAAGCCCGGGACGUGCUGCAGGAGAUCAAGGAGCUGAGGGUACUUUACCAGCAGCUGGACCCCCCCUCCCCACAAACCCCCCUCAACAGUGCCAACUCCAACCGCAUGAGCCUGAUGUGAGAGGGUUCUGGACCAAACCAGAGCGCAUCCCGGAACUCAUCAGGACCUCCAUCAGCUGGAGGUCUAGCACCUGAUCUCCCGACAGGUCAAGUGUCAGCUCUGAAGCUCCGCCCCCAAAGCUUUCAGCUGUUCUCAGAACAGUCACAACCAGUCUGGUUCUACCGGGACUGGGUUCUGCUGCACACCUCAGCCCAGAUUUUAGACGAGCUUUCCGUCCUCAUCUUUCUCUCAGACUCCUCAGAACUGGAUCUUUUGACUGGGUCCGGUCGGGACGGCAGGUCGAACACUUAAUGGUGAAGAGAGCUGUUGCCAUAGUAACGGCUCAUCACACAAACUACAGUUGAGAAGGGGCGGGGCCAUGAGUUUUUAUGCAUCACUUUUUGCAGUUGUGUGCCACACCCUCAGAAGAAAAUGGAUCUGAGCUUUCAUGUUUAUUAGAUUUGAGUGUGAGGACCCCCCCCCCACCAGAGCAGACGGGACCACAUUCAGUUCCAGAAACGGUUUUCCUGCUGUGGCUGUUCCAAAAGCUGACGUGUGCUGUGUGGCUGCUGCUGUAAACUCGCAGAGGAUGAUGGGAAAUGAAGUCCAGAUCAUGUAAUGAAAUAAAAUCUCCAAACUGAAACCAG